UUGUGGGUCUCUUUCCCAGCGAAAAUUCAACAUGGGUCGUGUCAGGACAAAGACCGUGAAAAAGGCCGCCCGGGUCAUCAUUGAAAAAUACUACACCCGUCUAGGCAAUGACUUCCACACCAACAAGAGAGUGUGUGAGGAGAUCGCCAUCAUCCCAAGCAAGCCUCUUCGUAACAAGAUUGCUGGGUAUGUCACCCAUCUGAUGAAACGCAUCCAGAGGGGUCCUGUCAGAGGCAUUUCCAUCAAGCUUCAGGAGGAGGAGAGAGAGAGGAGGGACAACUAUGUCCCAGAGGUGUCUGCUUUGGACCAGGAGAUCAUUGAAGUGGAUCCUGAUACCAAGGAGAUGUUGAAGAUGCUGGACUUCGGCAGCCUCUCCAAUCUACAGGUGACCCAGCCCACUGUUGGAAUGAAUUUCAAGACACCCAGAGGCAUCUAGAUAUUCAGUUCCGUAUAAAAAAUAAAGAAUGAAAAAGA